AUGAAAACUACAAGAACUUAUGGACACCGUUCUGUUGUUUCUGAACAAAUAUGUGGAACCAAUGGGAAAUCAAGUCCUAAAAAAUUCAUUCAUGAACAGAACAACACUUCUUUAAAACAACUUGGAUUAAAUUUUGAACCACUCGUAUCAACAUUUAUUUCUAUGCAUGGUGGGGUAUGUCUUGAAAGUACUCGUCUUCAUAAUUCAAUAUUUAUUAAUAAUUCUCCAAUUAUUUGUGACAUGUUAUCUUCUGAUGUUGGAAGGUAUGCUGUGUUAUGUGCAUUACAAUUCUCAUUAACUUUAUGCCUACCUCACGAUACUAUAUCAAUUCCAACACCAGAAUUUAUUGUUUCCCAUCUUAUUCGAAGACAUCCAAAAAGUAAAGCAUUUAUGGCAUUGAAUGGUACUGUUGGUAUAUUGAAAAAUGAAGUUAUUAAAUAUAAAAAGAAUUCAUUAAAACUAUGGAAAUGUCAAUACGAUCUUAUGCAUGAAUUUCUUACUAAAGAGUCUCAUGUCCAAGAAGAGGAAACAGACUUUUGUGUGAAUGUAUUAGGUGGAGAUAUCUUACACACUCCAGUCGGUGCAAUUCCUAUCUUAGUCAUUGAUGAACCAUUUAGGUGGGAAGGUUGUUCUUGGGGGUGGGGUUGGGAUACUGUUGAUAGUUGGAAAGUUACUAGAGUAGAAUUUAUAGAUAAUAACAUUGACCAAUUACUUGGGAGUGAUUUCCCUAAUUUACGCUAUAUCGAACAAAAGAAAAAAGAAGAAGAGUUGAAAGAAACAAGCCCUUGUGUUUUACAAGAAGAAAUAAAGAUAGAAAAAACUCAAGAAAAUAGUGAUGAAAUAAAACCAGGAAAUAAGGAAGAACAACGUCAAGAAAGUAUUGAUAUUAAACAGGAGUUUAUAGGACAAAACGAAAAAGAUAUUGUUGAACAAGAAAGUACUAAAAAUGGUUCUGACCAAGAACAUGAGUCCCCUUCAGAUGAAGAUACUUUUAGUCAAUUUACUGUUUCAGAUAAUAAAACUUUAAAGAAGAAAACAAUCAUUAUAAGCAAAAAUGAAAAGGACCCAAAUCAACGUUCUGAAGUUAUUAGUAUGAGGAGACAAACAAUUUCAGGUAUUAUUGAAACAACGAAAUCACCUAAUGACACUUCUUUAAUUGGAAGAUCAAAAACAUUCAAAGAAUUACGGAACAGUAAAACAAUAUCAAUUAAGAUAGAACCUAGUAAAACAGAAAUAAAAGAUGAUAAAAUUUCUAUUUCAGAAGAUUAUAAAAUUCCUAAGUAUUUACAAAAAAAUGAAAUGGAUAAAGGACUUAAAGAUGGGUAUGAAGUGUUUAAAACUUUUCUUACUUUUUCUUGUAAUAUUACUAUUCAAGACUAUAUACUAGUUUCCAUUAAAAGAUUUCCAAAUUUAGUUAAAGGAAUGGGAUUGAAAGAAAGAGCUGAAGUUAUGUACGAUUUGAUGCAAGGGGUAAUGGACCGUACUAACAAUUCACCAAUUAGAUUAGAUGGGUUAUAUAGAAAAAUGUUUAUUAAACAUUUAUGGGAAGUCUUCACAACCUCUCUUUUUAAUUUUCUUUGGCCACCCAUUAUUGAAAGAAAUGAAGGAGAUGUUGUAUUUGAAUGUAACCAAAGAGACUCAGAAUUAAAUACAAUUAUUUCAACACACCAAUUUGUGGCUCCACAUCAUUUUGACUUAGGCUUUUUAGAAAAUGAUUUAGGAAAAAGAGGGAUUGACCUUAUUAGUAAAGAGUUACGUCUGAUUAAUUCAUAUUGUUCACCGAGAAAUAAAUCAUACCAAAUUUAUAAUUGUUUCAAAUUAGCAACUGAAGUUGUUGGUCGUCUUCAAUCAACAGCAGUUUCUGCUGAUCUUCUAUUGCCAACUAUUAUUUAUUGUAUUAUUUAUUCUUCUCCAUUAAAUUUAGUAUCUACUAUAGAGUAUCUCACGAAUUUCACACCAAAAUGGGCUGGAUUACCUUCAGAAGUAAGUUAUUAUAUUGCACAUAUGCAUAGCGCAGUAAGUUUUCUCAUGAGAUUUAGUCAACGAUCAUUAACAAUAUCUCCAAAUGAUUAUUCACUGUUUUUAUAUUAUUCUAAAAGAAGAGUUAAUCCAUUCAUUCGUCCAAAAAGUAUUUUAUUGAAAGAAAAUAUUACAUGGAAUAUUGAUAAAAAAGAAGGAGAAAGUGAAGUUAAUGCUAUUUUAUUUAAUGUUUCAACAACUGAUUUAGAUGAAGACGAUGCACCUGUUUUAUUAACAUGUUAUGCACAGUUACUCUCUGAUAAUAAAGUGUUGUUAAAGAACCUAUAA